AUGCAAGACCCCUUUCCUAUCAUCCCUUCCUGCUUCUUCCCCAGUGAUGGUGGUCAUGAUCACAACAACAGGCAUCAUUUCGCCGACGACGUCGAUCCCGCCGCGAUCGCCACGGCCGCCAAGCCGGGCCGCAGCGUCGUGGCGUCGGUGUACCGCACCAAGAUCGGCGGCCGCUGCAGGCCGAUCACCAUCACCUGGUGCCGGGACCUCCUCGGCCACGGCUUCUCCGUCGCCGUCGGAGCACCCGAUUCUGCUGCUGCUGCUGCCGAUGCCGAUGCCGAUGCCGCCAAUUCCGCGCCAAUCGACUGCAAAGUCGAGCUGCGGCCGUGGCAGUUCUGGCGCAGGCACGGCUCGAAGCGCUUCCUCGCCGGCGGGACGGCCGUCGAAGUGUUUUGGGACCUCCGGAGCGCGAAAUUCUGCGGGGAGCCGGAGCCGAAGUCGAGCUACUACGUCGCGGUGGCGGCGGACGGCGAUCUGGCGCUGCUCCUCGGAGACCUCCGGAAAGAAGCCUACCGAAAGUCCGGCCGCCAGCCGGCCCCGAUCGAAGCCGCAUUGGUCUCCAGAAAAGAACACAUCUUCGGGCGAAAGACCUUCUCGACGCGCUCCAAAUUCCACGAGAAGGGAAGAUCCCACGAGAUCACGAUCGAGUGCAAGAGCGGCGGCAGUAGCUUCGAUUCGGAGAUGGCGAUCUCCAUCGACGGGGAGGAGACGAUCACCGUGAAGCACCUGCAGUGGAAAUUCCGGGGGAACCAGAGCAUAACCGUGAGCAAGGCGAAGGUGGAGGUGUACUGGGACGUGCACAACUGGCUCUUCAGCCCGGGGUUGCGGCACGCGCUGUUCAUAUUCAAGCCGACUCCGAUGAUGGCGUGUUCGAGCACGUCGUCCUCUUCGUCCGCCACGCUGUCGUCGCUGCUGUCGUCGUCGCCGAGCCCGACGGAGAAGAAGAAGAGUAGUAGCAUUAGCAGUAGUGCUGCUGCUGCUGCUGCUGCUGCUGCUGCUGCAGGUGUGGAGGGGUGUUCAGGGUACUGCUUGUUUCUCUACGCUUGGAAGUUGGAUUGA